AUGGCUGAAUUCACAUCAGAUAUGCAAAGCAUUGCACCUUCACUUCCUUUCUUAGAUAUUGCCCCAAACACAAACAUGGAACUAAUACACCAGUAUACAGAUCAAUUUAACCCAAAUGUCUUGGACUUUUAUUCAAGCUUGAAUUUCCAGACUUGUAUGCCUUUCUCCAAUGACAAUUACUUCAGCUCUCAGGGACCUGAGUUCCAGGGAAACUUGAGCAACCAGAAUGAUGAGGCUCCUGCUGUUCAGCACCUUGUAGGAGCUGGAGCUGGAAAUGGAUUCCAAGAAAGCAAGAAGAGAAGAGCAAUGGAUGAUGUAUCAGAGAGCAGCUCUGGAAUCUCUACUCCCCCAGUUUCUGAAACUGGAGUUAGGAGGAAAAAUAGCUCAGGAAGAGGAAAGAGACACAAAAAAAGCAACGAGAAAGAAGAUGAGAAACCAAAGGACGUGGUUCAUGUCAGAGCCAGAAGAGGCCAAGCCACUGAUAGUCACAGUUUAGCAGAAAGGGUUAGAAGAGGAAAGAUCAAUGAAAGACUCAGAUGCUUGCAAAACAUUGUCCCAGGAUGCUCUAAGACAAUGGGAAUGGCGGUAAUGUUGGACGAAAUAAUUAAUUAUGUCCAGUCCUUGCAGAACCAAGUCGAGUUCCUAUCUAUGAAGCUAACUGCAGCAAGCUCUUUCUACGACUUCAACUCAGAGACAGACGACAUGGAAACAAUGCAGAGUGCAAAGGUUUACGAGGCAGUAGAGUUGGAGAGAAUGAAAAGAGAAGGAUAUGGAGGAUAUGGUAGCUUCCACUCAACUUGGCCCCUCUGA